CUUCCCUCGCUCCUCUUCACCAAGAGCAGCGGGGCGAGACAGAGAAAGGUUUCCUCUUCCAAGUCCACUGAUACUACUCGAGAAGAUGGGAGUUUCUAGCCACGCAAGUGUGAUAAACGAAUUCGAAGCACUGACCAAGGACGCCGGCCGGCUCCAGAGAGAGACUCUUCGGGAGAUUCUCGAACAAAAUGGUGAAGCAGAGUACUUGCACAACUUUGGCCUGGGAGGAAGAACCGACCCCGACAGCUUCAAGUCUUGCAUCCCUUUGGUCACUCAUAGUGAUUUGGAGCCCUACAUCCAGAGGAUUGCCGACGGAGAUACUUCUCCUGUUCUAACAGGGAAGCCUAUAACUUCCAUCUCGCUCAGUUCCGGUACCACACAAGGGAAACCCAAGCUGUUGCCGUUCAAUGAUGCGCUAAUCCAUUCCACGAUGCAGAUAUAUCGGACCUCCUUUGCUUUCAGAAACCGAGAAUAUCCAAUCGGCAACGGGAAAGCUCUGCAGUUCAUUUACAGCAGCAAGCAGGCCAAAACCAAAGGGGGCCUCACUGCCACAACAGCGACGACCAACGUAUACCGGAGCGAACAAUUCAAGCACACCAUGGAGGACAUCCGAUCGCAAUGUUGCAGUCCCAAUGAGGUUAUAUUUGGUCCAGACUUCCAGCAGUCACUGUAUUGCCACCUGCUGUGCGGGCUGAUCUACUCGGACGAAGUCCAGAUCGUAUCCUCCACCUUCGCACACAGCCUCGUUCAUGCUUUCCGAACGUUUGAGCGGGUGUGGGAGGAACUUUGCACGGAUCUCAGGGAAGGUGUUCUGUCGAGCAGAAUCACCGUCCCGUCCAUACGUGCAGCCGUCUCUAAGCUUCUAAACCCCAACCCCGGCCUGGCAGAUUCUAUACACAGCAAGUGUUCGAGAUUGAGCAACUGGUAUGGUGUGAUCCCGGCGCUGUGGCCCAAUGCCAAGUAUGUCUAUGGCAUUAUGACGGGAUCCAUGGAGCCAUACUUGAACAAACUAAGGCAUUAUGCGGGAAGCCUGCCCCUCAUGAGUGCUGACUAUGGCUCUUCGGAAGGAUGGAUCGGUGCCAAUGUCAACCCCAGUUUGCCUCCCGAGUUGGCUACCUUUGCGGUGCUUCCUAACAUCGGCUACUACGAGUUCAUCCCUCUGGAGAAACCCGAGGGGCCGGGGACGGAGACGGAGAAGGGUACUGCCUCAACCAUUCACUAUGUAGAGGCCCAACCGGUAGGCCUGACCCAAGUCGAAGUCGGCAAACAGUACGAAGUCGUCGUCACCAACUUUACAGGCUUAUAUCGAUACAGGCUGGGAGACAUCGUGAGGAUAGCCGGGUUUCGCAACUCCACACCGGAGCUCCAAUUCGUAUGCAGAAGAAGCCUAAUGCUGAGCAUCAACAUCGACAAGAACACCGAGAAGGAUCUGCAGUUGGCGGUGGAAGCAGCAGCCAAGCUGCUGGCGGAGGAAAAGCUGGAGGUGGUGGACUUCACAAGCCACGUCGACACAUCGACGGAGACCGGCCACUACGUGGUCUUCUGGGAGCUGUGCUCCGACGCGGCGGAGGAGGUUCUCCGCAGCUGCUGCAAUUGCUUGGACCUGUCCUUCGUCGACGCCGGCUACGUGGGAUCCAGGAAGGCCGGCGCCAUCGGGGCUCUGGAGCUCCGUGUGGUUCGCAGAGGAACGUUCCAGAAGAUCUCGGAUCAUUACAUCCGCCUGGGGGGUGCCAUGAGCCAGUUCAAGACGCCGCGCUGCGUCGGCCGGUCCAACAGCGAGGUUUGGCAGAUACUGUGCAGGAAUGUCACGGCGUGUUACUUUAGUACUGCCUAUUCCAUGUAAACCAAACCUAUUCUUCCCAUGUUUUUUCUGUCAUA